CACGGCCUCCCCCCUCCUUCCCCCCAGCCUUUAGCCUGGAAGAUGGCGGGUGGCGUGGACGGCCCCAUAGGGAUCCCGUUCCCGGAUCACAGCAGCGACAUCCUCAGCAGCCUGAACGAGCAGAGGAACAACGGGCUGCUGUGCGACGUGGUCAUCCUGGUGGAGGGCCAGGAGUUCCCCACCCACCGCUCCGUCCUGGCGGCGUGCAGCCAGUACUUCAAGAAGCUCUUCACCUCAGGGUUAGUGGUGGACCAGCAGAACGUGUACGAGAUUGACUUUGUGAGUGCGGACGCGCUGUCGGCGCUGCUGGAGUUCGCCUACACCGCCACCCUCACCGUCAGCACUUCCAACGUCAACGACAUCCUCAACGCCGCCACGCUGCUGGAGAUCCCGGCCGUCAGGGAUGUCUGCACGGAUCUCCUGGAGAGGAAGAUUCUGGCCAAAAAUGACCAGAUGGAUACAGUAGAUCAAAUUGAUCAGAGGAACCAUCUCAGAGCUAAAGAGUACCUGGAGUUCUUCCAGAGCAACCCCGUGAACGGCCACCAAGGCAGCUUUCCGUGGACCAACCCAGAGUUGAGAGACCUUCAGAGACUGAACUUCCGAGGCCAGGAGGAGGAGGAGGAGUCCAACUGCAACGGCCUGGACUUCUACUCGCAAGCCACCCAAACAGAAAGACCAAAGGCAAGUGACUGUGACCCCGACAGCAACCCGGCCAUGUGGCUGAAGCGCGAGGACGAGGAGCCGGCCAGCGGCGGGAUGUUCUCCCCCUCCCAGAACGGACAUUACAGCAGCCGUGGCUUGGCCACCCCGGGAGAAGAGGAGGGGGGCACCCCCAGGGGCCCCCUGGACCCGCAGGAAGCCGGGGACUCGCCCAGCUUCAUCCCCACGGGCAUGGAGACGGAGGAUGACGGCAGGGAGGUGGAUGACCUGGCCGCCAGCGCCCUGCUGCAGCAGAUGAUCAACUCGGUGGGGCGGCAGCAGCUCGGCGACGACGACCGCAAGGACGAGGACGGGGUCAUGGAUUAUUACUUGAAAUAUUUCGGCAGUUCCAGCGAGGGCGACAUGUACCCGUCCUGGUCUCAGAAGGUGGAGAAGAAGAUCAGGGCGAAAGCAUUCCAGAAGUGCCCCAUCUGUGAGAAGGUGAUCCAGGGCGCCGGGAAGCUGCCGCGCCACAUCCGCACCCACACCGGGGAGAAGCCCUACGAGUGCAACAUCUGCAACGUGCGGUUCACCAGGCAGGACAAGCUCAAGGUGCACAUGCGGAAGCACACGGGGGAGAAGCCCUACCUGUGCCAGCAGUGCGGCGCCGCCUUCCCCCACAACUACGACUUGAAGAACCACAUGCGGGUGCACACGGGGCUGCGGCCGUACCAGUGCGACAGCUGCUGCAAGACUUUCGUCCGCUCCGACCACCUGCACAGGCACCUUAAAAAGGAUGGAUGCAACGGGAUCCCUUCCCGGAGGGGCCGCAAGCCGCGGGUCAAGGAGGCGGGGGCGAUGCCGCCCACGCCCACGGGCAGCGCCGAGGACGGCGCGGGGUUGGCGGCGGAGAGCCACGAGUGCGAGGACACGGCGCAGGGCAGCGAGCAGGAGCAGCAGCAGCAGCAGCAGCACUUUGAGGAGAAUUCCAAUAACGAAGCGCCGGGAUUGAAUGUAGCAGGAGGGUCGGAUGAGGGUAACGCGCAAGGACUCUCCUAAACCAAAAAAAAAAAAAAAAAGAGAAAUAUAUAUAUAUAUAAAAGAUACAAACCAACCCCAACCAACGAAACAGCCACCUGAGAGAAAAAACAAGUCACAAAAUCUAGUUAGUACUUUUCCUCCGAUUUUUCUCUUUAAAAGAUGUUUCUCUCCCUUUUUUUAAGGAAAAAUGAAACAAAAAAACAAACAAAAAAAAAAAGAGAGAUAUUAUAUUAACGUUUUCCAAUCUUCCCAUCGUAAGUGGGGCUCUCCCCCCAGGAUCCCUCAUAGCCAAGGACCUUUUUUUGGAAAGGCAAGGACGCUAGGGAAGCACGAGGUGGGGAUGGAAAGUGGCUCUGUCACAUGGAAAAGAGCUUCCAUGUAAAUCCAAAGCUUUAUUUUGUGUCCAAACACGUGUUAAAAAAAA